CGUGCAAGGCCUGCCCCCAGGGGGUCCCCAGCCUCGUGGGGGCGGCAGCACCCGGAAGCACGUGCUGCCAGGGCUCCGUCUAGCGGGGGGCGGGGUUUGCCCCGGACCUGCUUCUGUUUUCACCCGGGGAGUUCUGGCGCCGCCGUUACCCGGGCAACCGUGGAGCUCACGGGCAGCCAGUCCUCCCCCUGCGCGACGCGUCUUCGCGGAGCGGGCGAGGGCGCCUCCCCGGACAGGACGGGAUGGCCCAACACUCACCCGCCAGCUGCUGCCCGUUGGCUUCGUCACGUGAUACAGGCGUGGCGCCAGCAGCCAAUCAGCGAGCCGGGCAUGGCCACGUGACGAGGCCCCUAGCCACGUGGCAAGGCCCAGGUCACGUGAGCGGGACGCAGGGAGCCUCCUUGCCUGUGCGCUUGGUCGUGUGCUGGCCCCGUCCCCGACGCGUGCGCAUGCGCAGCGUCCUUCCCGCCUGAGAGGAUGCGGGGAUGGAGGUGGCGGGGCGCUGAGCCUUGCGACCUGUCAGGGAAGUACCUCAUGGUAGAUCCCUUGUGUCAGUCUCUGCAAGUACCAGGGAGUAGCAACAAUCAGAAAUCCGCAAGAAACAGAGGCCUGCAGGAGGAGCUGGACCGCAUUGAUGAAUUAGAAAGGAUCUUGGACAGCUUCGGCUCCAGCUCCAGCUUCGACUCAGAGGGCGAGAUCCAAUUCGAGGGUGAGGCCAGCGCUGCCCCUGGCAUCUUCCAGAAGUCGUUUCAGUGCAACACGGUGCCCGUGGGUCUCCGCAUCCCCAUCCCCUUGGGCGCCUGCCCACCUGACCUGAUGCUGCCCUGGCAGCAGGUGGUGACCGCCGAGGUGGCCGAGAAGAACGCGCAGGAGCUGGUGGCCGAGGAGGAGAGAGUGAAGAGGAAAGCGGAGAAGAAGAGGCUGAAGAAGAAGAAGCAGAAGGACCGGAAGAGGCAGGAGAAACGUGAGCAGGAGCUGAGGAGCAAGCGGGAGGCUGAGUCGACUCAGCCUGCCUUGAAUGGGACUGUGGUCAUGGUCACGCUGGAAAACGGGGGCACCGCAGGGGGUGCGCUGCCUGCUCCAACCACAGGACCCCUGAAGCCUGGCAAGGCCGUGGCUCCCCCGCCAGAGCUCCGGCCCCCGCAAGCACCCAGCAGCGCAGAUGCCAGCACAGAGGAGGAGACGGAGGACGAGCUUGACCUGAGCAGCACCUUCGUCUCUAAGGCACGGCGCAAGGUGGGCACCAGGCCGGCCACGCCACGCAGGGAGAGGCCAGCCCGAGCCAGCAACAAGGAUCUGGAGCCGGAGCCAGAGCCGGCUGCCCCACCAGAGGUCCCGCGACCGGCACCAGACGUGAGUGCAGUGGAGCAGAGUAUGGUCCUGGCAGAGCAUGGGAACGCGGCGGCCGCGCGGGGCUGCUACGAGGAAGCUGUGUGCUGCUUCACCGAGGCCGUCAAGCUGAACCCACGGGACUACCGGCUUUUUGGGAAUCGGUCGUACUGCUACGAGAAGAUGCGGCAGCACACGGAGGCUCUGAGCGAUGCCCAGGUGGCCCUAAGCCUCCGGCCUCACUGGCCCAAGGGCUGCUUCCGCAAGGGCAAGGCCCUCAUGGGGCUGCAGCGCUACGCAGAGGCUGAGCACACCUUUGAGCAGCUCCUGCGGCUGGAUGGCUCUCACGCCGAUGCGGCUGCCCAACUGGAGAUCUGCUGGCAGCUGGGCAGCCUGGGGCAUAGCACCGGCAGCUGGUACAGUGAGCCGAGCAGUCCCAUAGAAGCCUUGCUGAGGGACAUGAGGUCCUGGUCCCUGCUGCAUGGUGAGCAGGUUGAUGCCAGCAUCCUCCCGGACAGGGCUGAGAACACGGACAGCGGUUUCGUGACCAUUGUGAACCCCAGGAACCGGGCAAAAGGGCCUGUCCGGCUGGAGGCCCUGGCCCCGACCCCAACCUCCUCUCAGCUGCCCAGGGGGUGGUUCGCUGUGUGGGUCGGCAACGUCACGUCCCGCAUCACCCUGAAGCAGCUGUAUGCGUACUUUGGGCCGUUCGGGCCCAUUCACUCCAUCCGACCAAUCCCGGAAAAGUUCUGCGCCUUUGUCAACUACAUGCAGCGCGAGGCAGCUGAGAAGGCUUUCGCCGCCAUGCAGGGGGCUGAGGUGGAAGGCACCAAGCUGGUGCUGCAGCUCAAACAUCCUGUGCACCGGACACCACCCGUCACCAGUGCCCAGCGGCCUUCGGCCAGGGAGCCCGUGCGCCCACCCCCCGGUCUCGAGCGCCCCCCGCAGCAGAGCAGUGGCCGCGUCCAGCACCCGCCCCAGAGCCAGGGGCCCGCCAGGAAGCCGGGGCCGCCGCGGUAGGGCCCCGCCGUGCCGGAGCACCGAGAUCCAGCGUGGGCGGGCGGUGUCGUGCUGCAGCCGUCCGAGGAGGAGGCUCUGUGCCCCGGGUGCUGCUGGGGGUGGUGCCCGGGCCUGUGCCUUAGUGUGAGCGCCCCCGCCCCGCCCGUGUGGCCACGCCCUCAUGCCAGCCUCAUACCAAAAAUGCCCAGGGGUGGGGCCUCACUAUCUACCUCUUGCAUUCCCAUUGGCUGAGCCCUGGGGCAGGGGCGGGGCCUGACCACUGAAUGAUUUUUAGCUCUGAGGGGAGCGGUAUUGUGGGGCGGGGGGGCCAGCUCCCGUCCCCCCUCCCCCUCGGACACAGGGCUGCCCCAAAUCAGGUGCAUCAUGUUUUUAAUGGUCCCUUCGCCGUGCUCCAGGGUCGGGGCUGCUGCUGUUGCCGGGGUGCCUGUGGGGUGGGGGCCCAGUCUUGCCUGUCUCCCGCAGGCGGUGGCUCUCCCAACCGGGUCGAGGUGGGGGCAAGGGGAUGGUGUGGCCAUGCCGCGGGGUUGGGGCAGCUCCAGCCCCUGUCUCGAGGCGCAGCCGGGCUUGGUGCUCUCAGGGACGUGCACCGGACCUCGGGACUGUUUUAAUAAAGCUCCUGGAAGAGCCACUCGGUUUCACCCUUCCUUCCCAGCGCGGCAUCUGGGCAUUGGGUCGGUAGGCAGCCUUGCCUCCGUGGCACCUGGCCUGCACUGCUCCCGGGCUCUGCCCCGACUGGCCCCUUUCCUGGGCAGGAGGAGCCUCCCUGCGGCUGGGAGACUUGGGUCCUGCUAUGGCUGCUCCAGUGGUAUUGCCAAGGCUUCUUGCAGGGGUCUGUGCCCAGCCCCACCCCCAUCUCCAACCCCUUCAUGGG